CUGUUGUCUUCUGCUCCAGCUGAUCGACCUCUCCUCGGGGACGUGAAGGAGUCGCGUGAAAUUUUCUCACCUUUUUUCGAUUUUCUUGAGAUGGAAGGCGUGUGAAGAGGAGAUUGAUUGGUGGGAUUAGUCUUUGGGAGAUUGGCUGUUCGUUUUCCGGCGCGAGAAGAGGAUUCGAAGAGGAGAUAAGAAGCAAAAAUGGCCAUGGCAUCGAAGCACCGGGCAUCUGCCCUCAAGCAACAGAACAAGAAGCAUAAAGUCUUGGGGCAUCGUACAAAGGGGCAGCUCUCCAAAGUCAACAAAGGCAGAGUAGCCAUCUCCGCCCAGAGCAGGAGAGCCAAGAAAGAGAUGAGCCGCGAGCAGAGGAAGAACCAGAUGAAGCAGAUCCGAUCACAGAAGAGAGAUGAAGCCAUGUCACAAAAGCGUUCCGUCGGCACAGCGAACAACCCUCCCUUCCUGGUCACCAUCGUGCCGCUCAGCCCAGACAUCAACCCCAGGAAGGUUGUAAGUGCGUUGACCUCGUGUGACCCGGAAGCCACCACCACCACCAGCGCCCAGGGCAUCGUACAUCUGAGUUCCAUGCGCUACAAGCAGAGAUUUUCCUUCAUUAUUCCCCCAGUGAACGACUUGUACGCCAUUUUAGACAGCGUAAAAGUUAGCAACACACUCAUGCUGUUAUGGCCACCCCGUGACGAAGUGGAGGACGCGGCUGAACUUGUGUUGUCGUCCAUCAUGGCCCAAGCUUUACCUGCGACUAUACACAUCGCUGCGUCCAUGGAUGACAUGGCCCACAAGGCAACAUCAGGUGUCCCGGAGGAGAUGGACACAGGGAGCUUAGACGAGGAGCUGAGUUCUCGUCUUGUCCUGGGACCGUCCCCGGCGAAAAAGUCCAAUAGAAAAAUGCAGAUGAGGCAGCGUGUCGUCAAGGAGAUCGAGUCGAGGUUCCCCGGAAAUGCCAAGCUCUUCACAUUAGAGAGUGACCAGGAUGCGAUGCUCAUUCUGCGGCACAUUGGUUCGCAAAAGCAGCGCUCCAUCUUCUUCAAGGACAACAGACCACACAUGAUGGCGGAGAAGGUCGAGUUUGAGGAAAAGGGUCCAACAGGGACUUUGAAAGUGUAUGGAUACGUGCGAGGACAACCGCUGUCAGUGAAUGGCCUCGUCCACGUACCAGGAUGGGGAGACUUCCAGAUGAGUCACACCUACUUGUUGGAGGACCCCCAUCCCCUGGAGCGCAGAGGCAAGAACGCUACCAUGACAAAUGAUGAACCGCAGCUGAUCGAGGAGGCCGAUCCUGAGCACCAAGAAACGCUUGUAUCAACGAAUGAGGUUGACCCUAUGGAAGGAGAACAGACUUGGCCGACCCAAGAGGAGCUUGAAGAAGCGGAGGAGAAUGUGAAGCCGAAGCCAAGGACGAAGAGAGUGCCAAAGGGAACGUCAGAGUACCAGGCAGCGUGGAUUUUGGACAGUGAAGAAGAGGACAAUGGUGAUGAAGAUGAAGACGACCUUGACAGUCAGAUGGACAACAGCGAAUUUGCCCCUGUCGAUGCCAUGUCUCAGGACGGUUGCGAGCAGGAAGAGGAAGAGGAGGAAGACGAGGAAGAAUAUGAGACCAUGACCCUGCCAGACCCUGAAGGUGCAAACUACGAUGAUAAAUACGACUACAAGGAGGAUAUGGAUGCCUUAGAAAAAUUAAGAGCUGCUCGUGACGAUGCCGAGUUCCCAGAUGAGAUUGACACACCAAAGGACAUCCCCAGUAGAAUACGUUUCCAAAAAUACAGAGGUCUCCAGAGCUUCCGCACCUCAGCCUGGACCCCGAUGAAAAACCUCCCGUUGAUUAUUCGAGAAAUAUUCCAGUUUAAAAAUUUCUUCCACUCGAAAAAGAGAAUAUUGAAAGAAGAAAGAGAAGGAGCCAUGCCUGGUUGGUACAUCAUUGUCCACAUCCAAGAUGUUCCCCGACACCUGUACGACAGCCAAGUCACCAGCCAAGCGCCGUUGGUUAUCUUCGGUCUCCUUCCCCACGAGCAGAAGAUGUCUGUCAUGAACAUUGUCAUCAAGUCACACUCCCUAGGCCAUUACCGGCCCAUCAAAUCAAAAGAGCGCCUCAUUUUCCAUGUUGGUUUUAGAAGAUUUGCCAAUAGCCCCAUCUUCAGCGAACACUCCACUGGCAACAAACACAAAUUUGCCAGAUUCUUCCAUCCAGGAACAACGGUGGUAGCAAGUAUGUUUGCUCCAAUCACAUUCCCUCCAGUGUCUGUGCUGAUGUUUAGGGAGAGACCAGACGGUGCACAGGAUUUGGUAGGGACAGGCUCAUUAUAUGACAUGAACCCCAAAAGGAUAGUCGUCAAGAGAGUGGUACUCAGUGGCUUUCCAUUCAAGAUUAACCGGAAGAGUGCUGUCAUCCGGCACAUGUUCUUCAACCGAGAGGACAUCCUGUGGUUUAAGCCAGUCGAGCUUAGAACGAAGUGGGGGAGACGAGGCCAUAUCAAGGAAGCCCUAGGUACUCAUGGCCACAUGAAGUGUUACUUUGACGGGCAGCUGAAGGCCCAGGACACGAUACUGUUGAACCUGUACAAGCGAAUGUUCCCCAAGUGGACAUUUGACCCACACGCCGCCCGACCUCCUCCCCUCUAUACCUUCAGGACAUCGGGCAAAGAAGCCGAUUCUAGUGACGAAGAGAACGAGGAAAAUCAGCCCGCAAAGAAGGCCCGGGUAGUGCAGUUCCACAAUUCGGGCCUUUAAGCCAUGGGUUACUUAGAACCUAUGGAACUUUUAAGUAAUUUAUUAAUCAUAUAGAUCGGGUGAAAGUCACUGUAGACUGAAAGCAAGUCAAAGCUUCUCAAUUAACAUUUUAUGGGACAGCUUAAAUUUGCCUCAAUUAUUUAGGAUCAGAUUGCAUGGUUAUAUUAUCAUUUAUUUUUCAGAUUGUUAAGACAUUUUUUCCUCUUGAAACAAGUGUUGAAAAUCUCACUUUAUUCAUUAUUGUUAUUUAGAGUGUUUAUGUUUGUCAUAUUAUCUCUUGUAAAAUUAUCUGUCCUAUGCUCAUUUUCUGUCGUAAUAAAUAUUUAUGACAUUUCUAAUGAAAUCCA